CAUGAAGAUCUCCAACUCUGCCGUCCCCGUCUACACAAUCAGUGGGAGUGAGGCACGUCCUCUGCCGGAAUGGCUCAUACGGCGAAGAAAAAGAAGUCUGAAAAACGACCCCGAGUUCGCCAACCGCGUCGAGCUGCUGCAGGACUUUGGCUUUGAAGAGGCCAGCCAGUGCGUGCGCGUCAGCGAGGAUGGCGACUGGGUCAUGUCCACGGGCACAUACAAGCCCCAGAUCCACACCCACUACCUCCCCCACCUCUCGCUAUCCUUUGCGCGUCACACGAGCACCCUCAACGAGACCUUCCGCCUGCUGUCCACCGACUACACCAAGAGCAUGCACCUCCAGUCCGACCGAGUUAUCGAAUUCCACACAGGCGGAGGCCUGCACUACUCCACCCGCAUACCGCGAUAUGGCAGAGAUCUCAUCUAUGACAAGCAGUCCGCCGAGUGUCUCGUGCCAGCAGUGGGCGUCAACGCUGAAGGGCUCGGCGAGUGCUACCGGUUGAACUUGGAGGUGGGGCGUUUCAUGAGAAGUUACGAGAUCGAUGUGGGCGGGGAUGACCUCGUCACGGCUGGAAGCGGCUCACUGCAAGGCGGGAUCGAUGCUGGUGCUGUCAACACUGGUGCCAUUGCAGAGGAUAGUCACAACCUGCUCGCGUUCGGUACUUCACUGGGCACAGUUGAGUUUUGGGACUCUCGAUCAAGAAACAGGGUCGGUAUAUUGUCAGGAGCACAGAAUGCCUUCGAGGGGCGGUCAGAAAUCACUGCCCUCACCUUUCCGCGAUCUGGACUGGAGCUUGCUGUGGGAGACUCCAACGGACUCAUUCAUUUGUACGACUUGCGAUCGUCGACACCUUUGCUGAAAAAGGACCAAGGAUACGGCUUCCCCAUCAAGAACAUCAUCUACCUCGAUUCCAGCACCUCAUCCCGCAACCAAACAGCCGAACCGAAGAUCCUCACAGCAGACAAGCGCAUCAUCAAGAUAUGGGAUCCUCGCAACGGCACUCCAUGGACGUCGGUGGAGCCAGCCGUCGAUCUCAACCACGUGGAAUGGGUCAAGGAUAGCGGCAUGCUACUCACCGCAAACGAGGGGAAGCAGCAACACUCUUUCUUCAUCCCACAGCUAGGGCCUGCGCCGAAAUGGUGCGCAUUCCUGGACAACAUUGUCGAAGAAAUGGCCGAGGACCCCAACGAUCCACACUCUUUCGGCCAAGGCGCGGCAGGAGAAGUCUACGACAACUUCAAGUUCCUGACUCUCGUGCAACUGCGCCAACUCAAUCUGGACCAUCUAGUUGGGACAACAAGUCUGCUCAGGCCAUACAUGCAUGGUUACUUUGUUGCGCAGAAGCUGUACGAGGAAGCCAGGCUCAUCUCAAACCCCGACAUGUGGCAAGAGCAGCGGGCGAAGAGCAUUGCAGAGAAAAUCAACAAAGAGCGCGAAAGCAGGAUCCGUGGCAACAAGAAGGUGGCAGUCAAGGUCAACAGGAAGCUUGCCGAGAAGAUGCUCGAGCGGGAAGAAGAAAAGGAGCGGCGAAGAGCCAAGAGGGUGCUCAAAAAGGGCGGCGACGACGACAUGCUGGACGUCGACAAAGCGCCAGCCGUUGGCGAAGCCGUCGAAGAAACCAAACCAUCCGGAGGUCUCCUUGGCGAUGCGCGUUUCGCCCGCCUAUUCGAGGACGAAGACUUCGCCGUCGACGAGCGCUCUCACGAAUUCCAAGCCAUCAACCCCAGCACCAAGAUCCCCAAGGGCCUCACGGCCGCCGAGCAAGAAGAUUUGGAUUCGCACAAGGGCUCGUCAUCGGACGAAGACUCCGACGACUCCGAAGCCGAACAGGCCCGUCCUGUCCGCAAACAGCCCACCGAAGACAAAAACCGCGUUUCAUCCUCGUCGUACAAGAAGGCCGGCCAUCGAGACCCGCGUGCCACACAGAUGCUCGUCUCUUCCUCCACGACCAAAAGGACGGGACCUACUCGCGACAAGACGUUUGCAGCGCGCGUGUCGAAACUUAAGGAUCGCACGCCGAUGGCAAGCGCGAGUACGACGACGGUGGUGGGCGAGCGUGAAAUCACGUUUGCGCCCGAGAGGAAGCAGAAGAAAGUUCCUGAGGCGGGGCAGAGACAUGAUCGGAGAAAGGAGAAGGAGAGGAGGAGUGCUAGUAACAAUGUUUUUAGGGGGAUGUAGGAGAUGGCGACGAAGGAGAUGAUGAAUAAGAAGAAAAUGUAGUGUUAGUUAGACCUUGCAGAGAAAUAACGGCGACGAAUGAUACCC